AUGCCCGCAACCCGGACUCCCCGGAACGCCCCCAGCGCGGGCAGGACAGCCGAUUCCCCCAGCCCGCGGCCGGGACCUGCGCCGCCACCCAGGCUGCUGCUGCUCCUCCUGUCACUGGUAAGCCGCACUGCCGCACAGCCCGCAGCCCCCGGCGCCGCACCGCUGUCCCCGGGUCUCGCCGGGGCUGCGGGGGUCCCUGCGGAGGAAGCCAUAGUGGUGGCGAACCGCGGGCUCCGGGUGCCCUUCGGGCGUGAAGUCUGGCUGGAUCCGCUUCAUGACUUAGUGUUUCAGGUGCAGCCCGGGGAUCGCUGCUUGGUGACAGUGCUAGACAACGACGCGCUGGCCCAGCGGCCUGGCCGCUUGAGUCCCAAGCGCUUCCCGUGCGACUUCGGCCCGGGCGAGGUGCGCUACUCGCACCUGGGCGCUCGCAGCCCUUCGCGGGACCGCGUCCGGCUGCAGCUGCGCUACGAUGCCCCAGGAGGGGCGAUAGUGCUGCCACUGGCCCUAGAGGUGGAAGUGGUCUUCACUCAGCUGGAGAUUGUGACUCGGAACUUACCUCUGGUCGUGGAAGAGCUACUGGGGACCAGCAACGCCCUCGACGCUCGGAGCUUAGAGUUCGCCUACCAUCCAGAGACCGAGGAGUGCCGCGUGGGCAUUCUGUCUGGCUUGAGUGCUUUGCCUCGCUAUGGAGAACUCCUUCAUUACCCACAGGUCCCUGGAGGAGCCGGGGAGGGAGGUGCCUCGGAGACUCUUUUGAUGGACUGCAAAGCUUUCCAAGAGCUGGGGGUGCGCUAUCGCCACACAGCCCCCAGUCGCUCACCCAACAGGGACUGGGUGCCUAUGGUGGUGGAACUGCGUUCGCGAGGGUCUCCUGUGGGCAGCCCGCCUUUAAAACGCGAACACUUCCAGGUGCUUGUGAGGAUCAGAGGAGGAGCUGAGAACUCUGCACCCAAGCCCAGUUUCGUGGCUAUGAUGAUGGUGGAGGUGGACCAGUUUGUACUCACCGCCCUGACUCCGGACAUGUUGGCAGCUGAGGAUGCUGAGUCUGACCCCGACCUCUUGAUCUUCAACCUCACUUCUGCCUUCCAGACUGGGCAAGGCUACUUGGUGAGCACUGACGACCGCAACCUUCCUCUCUCCUCCUUUACACAACGGGAUUUGCGCCUCCUGAAGAUUGCCUACCAGCCCCCCUCUGAGGACUCUGACCAGGAGCGUCUAUUCGAACUGGAGAUGGAGGUAGUGGACCCAGAAGGAGCAGCCUCCGACCCUUUCGCGUUCAUGGUAGUGGUGAAGCCCAUGAAUACACUGGCUCCAGUGGUCACGCGAAACAUUGGCCUUAUUCUCUAUGAGGGUCAGUAUCGGUCCCUCACAGGUCCCAUAGGCAGUGGACCCCAAAAUUUGGUCAUCAGCGAUGAAGAUGACCUAGAAGCUGUGAGACUGGAGGUGGUGGCUGGGCUCCGGCAUGGCCACCUUAUUAUUCUGGGUGCUUCCAGUGACAGCCCUGCUCCUAAGUCUUUCACAGUGGCUGAGCUGGCAGCUGGCCAGGUGGUCUACCAGCAUGAUGACAGAGACGGUUCACUGAGCGACAACCUGGUGCUACGCAUGACAGAUGGAGGAGGCAAGCACCAGGUCCAUUUCCUGUUUCCCAUCACCUUGGUGCCUGUGGAUGACCAGGCACCUGUCCUCAAUGCCAACACCGGGCUGACACUGGCAGAGGGUGAAAUGGUGCCUAUCUCACCCUUUGCUCUGAGUGCAACUGACAUGGAUUCAGAUGACUCUCAGCUGCGAUUUAUGCUGGAGUCACCCUUCUCAACCACAGGGCAUCUGCUUCUCCGCCAAGCUCAUCCUCCCAAAGAGCAGGAGCUGAUCCAGGGACUGUGGAGGAAGCAAGGAGUGUUCUAUGAGCGAACAGUGACAGAGUGGCGUCAGCAGGACAUAACAGAGGGAAGGCUCUUCUACAGGCACUCUGGAACCCACAGUCCUCAACCAGUGAUGGACCAGCUCACAUUUAGAGUGCAGGACAACCACGACCCCCCUAAUCAAUCUGGGAUCCAGAGGUUUGUGAUACGCAUUCAUCCUGUGGAUCGCCUUCCUCCGGAGCUAGGCAGUGGCUGUCCCCUUCGGAUGGUGGUUCAGGAAUCCCAGCUCACACCACUGAGAAAAAAGUGGUUGCGCUACACUGACUUGGACACAGAUGACCGAGAACUACGUUACACAGUGACCCAGCCCCCUGUGGACACAGAUGAAAACCAUUCACCAGCUCCACUAGGCACUUUGGUCCUCACUGAUAACCCCUCAGUUGUGGUGACCCAUUUUACCCAAGCCCAGGUCAACCAUCAUAAAAUUGCUUACAGGCCUCCAGGCCAGGAACUGGGAGUGGCAGCUCGAGUGGCUCAGUUCCAGUUCCAAGUGGAGGACCGAGCUGGAAAUGUGGCUCCUGGCACCUUCACCCUUUACCUGCAGCCUGUAGACAACCAGCCCCCUGAGAUCCUCAACACUGGCUUCACUAUUCAGGAAAGGGGCUACCACAUCCUGGGUGAAACGGAGUUGCAUGUAAAUGAUGUUGACACUGAUGUGGCACACAUCUCUUUUACUCUCACAGUGGCCCCCAAACAUGGCCACAUGCAGAUAUCUGGACAGACACUGCAUGUUGGAGGGCGCUUUCAUUUGGAGGAUAUAAAGCAGGGCCGAAUUUCCUAUAUUCAUAAUGGUGAUGAGUCUUUGACUGAUAGUUGCUCUUUGGAGGUCAGUGACAGACACCAUGUGGUGCCCAUCACUCUCAGAGUGAAUGUCCGGUCAGUGGACCGUGAAGCGUCCAUGCCCAUCCUUCCUGCUGGUACUCUGGAGUCCUAUCUAGAUGUCUUAGAAAAUGGGGCUACUGAAGUCACUGCCAAUGUAAUUAAGGGGCCCUAUCAGGACACUGAUGAUUUGAUGUUGACUUUCCUGUUGGAAGAUCCACCCUUAUAUGGGGAAAUCCUGGUCAAUGGCGCUCCAGCAGAACAGUUCACACAGAGGGACAUCUUGGAGGGCUCUGUUGUCUAUGCCCACACCAGUGGUGAGAUUGGCCUAUUGCCCAAAGCAGACUCUUUUAAUCUGAGUCUGUCAGAUAUGUCUCAAGAAUGGAGAAUUGGUAACAAUAUUAUUCAGGGUGUUACUGUGUGGGUGACCAUCCUCCCUGUGGAUAGCCAAGCCCCAGAAAUUUCUGUAGAUGAACAGUUUGUAGUAUUGGAAGGUGAUAAAAGUGUUAUAAUGUCAACCCACAUAAGUGCUGAGGAUAUCGAUUCCCUGAAUGAUGACCUCUUGUGUACCAUAGUUAGUCAGCCGACCUCAGGUUAUGUAGAGAACAUUUCUCCAGCACCAGGCUCUGAGAAGUCAAGAGCUGGGAUUGCCAUAAGUGCUUUUACUCUGAAAGAUCUUAGGCAAGGACACAUUAACUAUGUCCAGAGUGUUCAUAAAGGGGUAGAACCUGUGGAAGACCGUUUUAUAUUUCGUUGUUCUGAUGGCAUUAACUUUUCAGACAGACAGUUUUUCCCUAUUGUAAUCAUUCCUACCAACGAUGAACAGCCAGAAAUGUACAUGAGGGAAUUCAUGGUGAUGGAGGGCAUGAGUCUGGUGGUUGAUACACCCAUUCUCAAUGCUGCUGAUGCUGACAUCCCCCCAGAUGAUCUAACUUUCACCAUUACCCGAUUUCCUGAUCAUGGUCAUAUCAUGAACCAGCUCAUCAAUGGCACAGUGUUGGUUGAAAGCUUCACCCUGGACCAGAUCAUAGAAAGUUCCAGCAUUAUCUAUGAGCAUGAUGACUCUGAGACCCAGGAAGACAGUUUUGUGAUUAAACUGACAGAUGGCAAGCACUCUGUGGAAAAGACAGUCCUCAUUGUGGUCAUCCCUGUUGAUGACGAGACCCCCAGGAUGACCAUCAAUAAUGGGCUGGAAAUAGAAAUUGGGGAGACCAAAGUUAUCAACAACAAAAUACUAAUGGCAACUGAUUUAGACUCUGAAGACAAAUCCUUGGUUUAUAUUAUUCGUUAUGGACCAGGACAUGGCUUAUUACAAAGACAAACACCUACUGGUGUCUUUGAAAAUAUCACUCUGGGCAUGAAUUUUACCCAGGAUGAAGUGGACAGAAACUUAAUUCAGUAUGUCCAUAUUGGGCAAGAGGGCAUUCGAGACUUAAUUAAAUUUGAUGUGACAGAUGGAAUGAAUGCCCUCAUAGAUCGAUACUUCUACGUAUCUAUUGGAAGUGCUGACAUUGUAUUCCCUGAUGUGAUAAGUAAGGGAGUAUCCUUGAAAGAAGGUGGCAAAGUCACUCUCACUACGGACCUACUGAGCACCAGUGACUUGAAUAGUCCUGAUGAGAACUUAGUUUUCACCAUCACAAGGGCACCUAUGAGAGGUCACUUAGAGUGCACAGAUCAACAUGGAAGGUCUAUCACUUCUUUCACUCAACUACAGCUGGCUGGUAACAAAAUCUACUACAUUCACACGGCUGAGGAUGAGGUCAAGAUGGACAGUUUUGAGUUUCAAGUCACCGACGGACGUAACCCAGUCUUCCGAACUUUCCGUAUCUCCAUAAGUGAUGUGGACAACAAAAAGCCAGUAGUCACCAUCCAUAAGUUGGUGGUCACUGAAAGUGAAAGCAAGCUGAUCACUCCCUUUGAACUCACUGUUGAAGACAGAGAUACUCCCGACAAGCUCUUGAAAUUCACUGUCACCCAGGUUCCUGUUCAUGGUCAUCUCCUAUACAACAAUAGCAGAUCUGUCAUGGUUUUUACCAAGCAAGACUUGAAUGAAAACUUAAUCAGCUACAAGCAUGAUGGCACAGAGUCAACAGAAGAUAGCUUCUCCUUCACAGUGACUGACGGCACCCAUUCAGACUUCUAUGUUUUUCCUGAUACAGUAUUUGAAACUAGGAGACCUCAAGUGAUGAAGAUCCAGGUGCUAGCUGUGGACAACAGUGUCCCCCAAAUUGCAGUGAACAAAGGAGCUUCUACACUUCGCACUCUGGCCACUGGCCACUUGGGCUUCAUGAUCACAAGCAAAAUACUGAGAGUGGAGGACAGAGACAGCCUUCAUUUUUCUCUUAGGUUUGUUGUGACCAAAACCCCUCAGCAUGGUUAUCUUCUCAACCUGGGCAAAGGCAACCACAGCAUCAUGCAGUUUACCCAAGCUGACAUUGAUAACAUGAAAAUAUGCUAUGUCUUAAGAGAGGGGGCUAAUGCCACAAGUGAUAUGUUCCACUUUACAGUUGAAGAUGGUGGUGGAAACAAGUUGACCAACCAGCAUUUUCGCCUGAAUUGGGCAUGGAUCUCCUUUGAAAAGGAAUAUUAUUUGAUCAACGAAGAUUCCAAAUUUCUAGAUGUUGUUCUUAAACGAAGAGGAUACUUGGGAGAAACUUCAUUUAUAAGUAUCGGCACAAGAGACGGGACUGCAGAAAAAGACAGAGACUUCAGGGGCAAAGCACAGAAACAAGUGCAGUUCAACCCUGGCCAGACCAGGGCCUCCUGGAGAGUGCGGAUCCUUAGCGACGGGGAGCACGAGAAGUCGGAGACCUUCCAGGUGGUUCUGUCUGAGCCGGUGCUGGCUACCCUGGAGUUUCCCACGGUGACCACGGUGGAGAUCAUCGACCCGGGUGAUGAAUCCACUGUAUUCAUUCCCCAAUCUGAAUACUCCAUUGAGGAAGAUGUGGGUGAGCUGUUCAUUCCCAUCAGGAGGAGUGGAGAUGUCAGCCAGGAGCUGAUGGUGAUCUGUUAUACCCAACAAGGAACAGCUACGGGCACUGUGCCGACCUCGGUGCUGUCUUACUCCGAUUACAUCUCCAGGCCAGAGGACCACAGCAGCGUGGUCCACUUUGACAAAGAUGAACGCGAGAAAAUGUGUCGUGUGGUGGUUAUCGACGACUCCUUGUACGAAGAGGAGGAGACAUUCCAGGUCCUUCUGAGCAUGCCCAUGGGUGGGAGGCUCGGAACCGAGUUCCCAGGGACCGAAGUGACAAUCCUUGCUGACAAGGAUGAUGAGCCUGUCUUCUACUUCGGUGAUGUUGAGUAUUCUGUGGAUGAGAGUGCUGGUUACGUGGAGGUACGUGUAUGGAGGACUGGCACCGACCUCUCCAGGCCCUCCAGUGUCACCGUGAGAUCCCAGAAAACAGAGCCUCCCUCUGCAGAAGCUGGAACAGACUACGUGGGGAUCAGUCGUAAUUUAGAUUUCACCCCUGGCGUUAACAUGCAGACUGUCCGUGCUGUCGUUCUUGAUGACCUGGGACGACCAGUACUGGAGGGAAUUGAGAGGUUUGAACUGGUGCUUCGAAUGCCUGUGAACGCUGCCCUCGGCGAGCCCAGCAAAGCCACAGUUUCCAUAAACGACUCUGCCUCAGAUUUGCCUAAGAUGCAAUUCAAAGAACGGGUGUACACCGGCAGUGAAAACGAUGGCCAGAUAGUUGCAGUGAUCCACAGGAGUGGGGAUACCCAGUACAGGUCUUCCGUGAGAUGCUACACCAGGCAGGGGUCUGCGCAGGUGAUGAUGGACUUUGAAGAACGCCCAAACACUGAUAUCUCCAUCAUCACGUUCCUCCCUGGUGAGACAGAGAAACCAUGUGUCCUGCAGCUGAUGGAUGAUGAGCUCUUUGAAGAGGUCGAGGAGCUGCGCCUGGUGCUUGGCACUCCACGGAGCAGCUCUCCCUUUGGGGCUGCAGUCGGUGAACAAAAUGAAACUCUGAUAAAGAUCGAAGAUGAUGCUGAUAAGGCCAUUAUCAAAUUUGGAGAAACCAAAUUUAGUGUCACUGAACCCAAGGACACAGGAGAGUCAGUGGUUGUCAAGAUUCCAGUGAUUCGCCAAGGAGAUACUUCAAAGGUUUCCGUUGUCAGAGUCCACACCAAGGAUGGCUCAGCCACCUCCGGAGAGGACUAUCACCCUGUGUCAGAAGAAAUUGAAUUUAAGGAAGGAGAAACCCAGCACAUUGUUGAAAUCGAAGUAAUCUUUGAUGGGGUAAGAGAGAUGAGAGAGGCCUUCACUGUUCACCUCAGGCCAGAUGAAAACAUGAUAGCAGAGACACAGAUGACCAAAGCUAUUGUGUAUAUAGAAGAAAUGAACAGCAUGGCGGAUGUCACUUUUCCUUCUGUCCCUCAAAUUGUGUCGUUGCUGAUGUAUGAUGAUACUUCUAAAGCCAGGGAGGACACUGGACCCACGUCUGGGUAUCCUGUCAUCUGCAUCACGGCUUGUAACCCCAAAUAUUCAGAUUAUGACAAAACGGGUUCUAUUUGUGCAAGCGAGAAUAUCAAUGACACUUUGACCAGAUACCGGUGGCUGAUUAGUGCUCCUGCUGGCCCGGAUGGAGUGACCAGCCCCAUGAGAGAGGUGGACUUCGACACCUUCUUCACAUCCUCCAAAAUGAUCAGCUUAGACUCCGUAUACUUUCAGCCUGGCUCCAGGGUGCAGUGUGCAGCUCGUGCGGUGAACGCCAAUGGGAAUGAAGGCCUGGAGCUGAUGAGCCCUAUAGUCACCGUCAGCAGAGGCGAAGGUCUUUGCCAGCCCCGUGUGCCCGGGGUCGUGGGGGCAGAGCCGUUCUCAGCCAAGUUGCGUUACACUGGUCCUAAGGACCCUGACUUCGCAAACCUUGUCAAGCUCACUGUCACGAUGCCACACAUAGAUGGUAUGCUUCCUGUGAUCUCCACAAGAGAGCUCUCCAACUUUGAGCUGACCCUCAGCCCUGAUGGCACAAGAGUCGGGAACCACAAAUGCUCCAACCUCCUGGACUACAAUGAGGUGAAGACUCAGCAUGGUUUCCUCACUAACGCCACAAAGAAUCCAGAGGUCAUAGGAGAGACCUAUCCUUACCAAUACAGUGCACCUGUCAGAGGCUCUAGUACCCUGCGCUUCUACCGAAACCUGAACCUGGAGGCCUGUCUGUGGGAGUUUGUCAGCUACUACGACAUGUCAGAGCUGCUCACUGACUGUGGAGGCACCAUCGGGACAGAUGGCCAGGUCCUAAACCUAGUGCAAUCCUAUGUGACCCUUCGAGUUCCUCUGUACGUGUCCUAUGUGUUCCAUUCCCCUGUGGGGGUCGGAGGCUGGCAGCAUUUUGACUUGAAGUCAGAGCUCCGUCUAACUUUCGUGUACGACACUGCCAUCUUGUGGAACCACGGGAUCGGCAGCCCCCCGGAAGCCGAGCUCCAAGGCUCUCUGUAUCCAACCAGCAUGGGAAUUGGAGACGAGGGACGCUUGGCCGUGAACUUCAAGACAGAGGCUCAGUUCCAUGGCCUGUUUGUGCUGUCACAUCCUGCUUCCUUUACCCGCUCAAUGAUCAUGUCAGCUGACCAUCCAGCCCUCACCUUUUCCCUCCGCCUCAUAAGGAGUCAACCAACCUAUAACCAGCCGAUCCAGCAAUGGAGCUUUGUGUCUGACUUUGCAGUCCGUGACUACUCAGGCACCUAUACUGUAAAGCUGGUGCCGUGCACCACCCCAUCCAACCAGGAGUACCGCCUGCCAGUUACCUGCAACCCCAGAGAGCCUGUCACCUUUGACCUUGAUAUCCGAUUCCAGCAGGUCAGCGAUCCAGUGGCAGCUGAGUUUAGCCUGAACACCCACAUGUACUUGCUGUCUAAGAAGAGCCUCUGGUUGUCUGAUGGAUCCAUGGGAUUUGGACAGGAGAGCGAUACUGCUUUUGCCAAAGGAGAUGUGAUUUAUGGGCGUGUCAUGGUAGACCCCGUCCAGAACCUCGGUGGCUCCUUUUACUGUAGCAUUGAGAAGGUCUUCCUGUGCACGGGGGAUGAUGGCUAUGUGCCCAAGUACAGCCCUGCGAAUGCAGAAUACGGCUGCCUAGCUGAUUCUCCUUCCCUCUUAUACAGGUUUAAAAUUGUGGACAAAUCUCAGCCAGAGACACAAGCCACCAGUUUCGGAGAUGUCCUGUUUAAUGCCAAAUUGGCUGUGGAUGACCCUGAAGCCAUUCUCUUAGUGAAUCAGCCUGGCUCAGAUGGAUUUAAAGUAGACUCAACACCACUCUUUCAGGUUGCUCUGGGCCGAGAAUGGUACAUACACACAAUCUAUACAGUGAGAUCAAAAGACAACACCCAUCGAGGUAUUGGCAAAAGGAGUGUGGAGUACCAGUACCACUCACUGGUGGGUCAGGGACAGGCCCAGGCAGCUGCCAAAAGCUGGAAGAAAAGGAACAUCAGGAGUACACCCCCACUGGCAGAGGAAAUUGGUGCUGAAAACAAUCGGGGAACCAACAUCCAGCAUAUCGCCCUGGACCGUCAUGACAAGAGGCAGGUCCCCCACGGCGGAGUUCCUUCUGAUGGCAUCCUGCCCUGGGAGCUCGGUAGUUCCACCCCUGAGGUCAGCCUGGUCACUGUCCUGGGAGGCAUCGUGGUGGGAUUACUUGCCAUCUGCCUGGCUGUGGUUGCAGCAGUGCUGUGCAGGAGCAAGAAGAGUCUGGGGGACAAGGAUGCUCCAAAGGACUCGGGUAGCAGUGAGCCCAUGAUGCCCCCUCAGAGCCACCACAGCGACAGCUCGGAGGUGUGA